GUGCAAAAAAAAAACAAAUAAAUAAAUAAAAAAAAUUAAACCCAUAAAUUUCAAAAUUUUAAACUUAUUAUAUUUUCUACUGUCGUUGUUGUUGUUAUUGUUGUGUGAGCUAGAACUAAGCCGUUUAAUUAUCAUUUAAAGAAACAAAAAAAGCGAAAAAACAAGAUUUUGUAGAAGUAAACCCCGAAAAAAAAACCGCUUUCAAAUUCAAAAGCUAAGAACGAACAUCAUCCGUUUGCCACACAACACAACAAAUCUUCGCUAAACCGCCGCGAAACGGAGAGCAGCAAAGUAACAGUGUUUUCAGAAUGUGGCUCUUGGCAAGGGUUUUUACCGUUACCCUCCUCGUAACUUUGUGCCACAGCGCACCCCAGCAAACCCUUAAAUUCGCCCCCGCAACGAGCAGUGGCGAAACUCAGAGCAACAACACCGACAAAUUAGUUUUUACCACAACCACUGCCCAGUCACCGGGUCAAAUUGUUUUCGCCACCGAUGAUGCACCCUAUGAUCGAUCCAUUUUCUCCACCACUGCCAAUUUUUAUCCAGAACGCUAUGAUUUUGUACGCCCGCCCAUAUUCGCCUCUGCCAAGGCGGUAAAUAUAAAGGAGUUUGCCCGCUCACGGAUUGAUUCGGUGACAAGUUCACCCAUUGUAUCAGUGAAUGCCAGUAAAUCAUUACCUUUGCCAUUGGGUCCGCCGGUAUUUGCCACCCUGAGAACAGAAGCUUCACAGCAGCCAAUGGCUGGCAAACAGGAGGAUGAAUAUUUGAAAACUAUUGCCAAGGGGGCUGAAGAAUUUGGCCUGGAGUUUCUGGCGAAAAUCUCCGAUGAACACAAGCCGGUUCCACGUCGCAGUUAUAUGGUCUCCCCCUUAUCGGUGUGGUCCCUGAUGGUUCUCCUGACCGAGGGCGCCGAGGGGAAUACUUUCAAGGAGUUGCAAAAUACCCUGAGGAUUAACAAUCAAAAUCCGUAUGGCUUGAGAUUGGCAUAUCGUCAGAUUAAGCAGCGUUUGAAUGUCGCAACAAAUUUUGUAGAAGUCGUCUCAUACCAGGCCAUUUUUACGGAUAUCCACAAACCGGUGCAGCGAGACUUUGAGGAUAUAAUUGAGCGGGAAUACCAGUCGGUUUUAACUCCCGUCAACUUUGCCGAUGUCAACAACACCUUUGUUCGGAUUAACGACGAAAUUGACAAGACCACCAAGGGUCUGUUGCCACACACCAUACUGCCACAGGAUCUAAUCGAUGUGCAACUUUUAAUGAUCUCCACUUUAUAUUUUAAGGGAAAAUGGAAGUUCCCCUUUGAAACCAUCAACACCCAUGCGGUACCCUUCCAUGAUGAGGAUGGCCAGAUCACGGGAAAUGUACAAAUGAUGUCACAAAUGGGCAGUUUUACUUAUGUCUUUGUGCCUGGCAUUGAUAGUUUUGUCCUGGAAUUGCCCUAUGGAGAGGCUAAUUUGAUGUCCAUGUUGGCAAUUUUGCCAAGGAAAGGUACAAAAUUAAAUACCGUUAUGAACAACCUGCGCAACGUUGGCAUAUCGGCCAUACUGCAACAAUUGGCAGAAGAGGAACGGGCCGCAGCCGAUGAUGGUGUACCCAAUGAGGUGGAGGUAUUCCUGCCCCGAUUCACAACGCAAUCACAUUUCUCGCUGAGAUAUAUUUUGGAAAAUAUGGGCAUGAUCGAUGUCUUCCAGCCGCACUAUGCCAAUCUAACGAAAAUCGCCAAGGACAUUUUCGUAUCGAGUAUUUUCCAAUCGAGUCGCAUCAUUGUCAAUGAGGAUGGCACGGAGGCGGCUGCGUUGGCUGUGGCUUCGCUGAUAAACAAGGCCUCGCCGGUGCGAUUCUAUUUCGAUAGACCAUUCGCAUAUUUGAUUGUGGAAAAAUCUGCCAAACUUUUGCUAUUUGCUGGAGAAAUAAAGUCGCAUGCAUAGAAAAAAAGAAGAGGAAAAU